AUGUCCAACGUGUUGGCGUCGUCGGCGGGUCUGGAGGCGGCGGUGCCGCUGCGGCUGCGCUACGCCGCGGUGGCGGACGCCGAGCUGGAGGCGGGCUGCGGCUACGGCUGGUCGGCGCUGUCGGAGGGCCGGUGCGCCGCCGCCGUGGCCGCCGCCGACGCAGACCAGCGCCUCAGCUGGCCGCGCGCGCAGCAGCGCUGCCGAGACCUGCGCGGACACCUGGUCAGCGUCGCCUCCGCCGCCGCGCAGCUGCGCCUCGACCGCCUGCUGCGCGCCACGCACAGCGAGGACGCUGACGUGGCCUACUGGAUAGGCGCCACCGACCGCACGCUGGAGGGGGACUUCCACUGGAGCGACGGCCAGCCCUUCCAGUAUUCCAACUGGUUCCCGCAGCAGCCCAACGACGACGCGCUGGCCGAGCAGAACUGCGUGGAGGUGCGGCGCUCGCUGGCCGGCCACCGCGACCGCUCCUUCCGCUGGAACGACCGCUCCUGCGCCGUCCGCAACGCCUUCGUCUGCCAGCGCCGGCGCGACACUCCCAAGCAGCAGCCGGGCGGCGCAGACACGGAGGCGGCGUCGGCGGCGGCGGCGGCGGCGUCGUGCCGGCGGUCGGUGCGGCUGUCGCGGGAGGCGCCGCGCGCCACCGCCUCCUCCCCCGGCUUCCCCCGCCACUACCCGGACAACGCCGACUGCUUCGUCGACGUCGCCGCCCCGGACGGCUACCGCAUCGUCGUCGACUUCGAGGAACUCGUCCUCGAAGACGAACCCACAUGCAGCUACGACUACCUGCAGAUCCUGGAGCCAGUGGGGAACAGCAACAGCAGCGUGGCGACGCGACGCCUCUGUGGAGACUGGAGCUCUCGCCUCAAGAAGCUGCGCUACGUCAGCCAGGGUCCCGCCCUGCAGCUCAGGUUCUUCUCCGACUACUCGCACCACUACAGCGGCUACAAGGCGCGCAUCUCCAUGGAACAAGCCGCGGUAGAGUGCGCAGACGAGCGGCUGCAGGUGUUCAACAGCUCGUGCUACCUGUUCGUCAGCUACCCGCAGGUCUCGUGGCAGACGGCCAGGCAAACCUGCCAGGACAGGAAGGCGGAGCUGGCGAGCAUCGGCAGCCCUGAGGAGCAGAGCUUCGUGACUGCGAGCAUCCGCAACUCGCCGGAGUACAGCACGGCCGCCGUGUAUUGGCUGGGAGGGCGCGCCGUCCCUGCCGCCAACCCCUCCAGGGGGCGCGGCGCAUGGAUCUGGGCAUGGGCCGACGGCACGCCCAUCUCCUACUCCGGCUGGUUGCGGGACCAAGAACACACGCCGCAGUCGGGCGCAUGCCUGGGUCUGCAGUGGGUCAGCUCGCCCAACCCGCAGGUGCCCAGCGGCCUGUACUGGCAGCGGCAGCGCUGCACCGCCGUGGGCGGCUACGUCUGCAAGAGGAGCAACCAAGUGACGGAGGGCGGGGUGCAGCUGAACCGGACGGUGAACGGCACGGAGGGCUUCCUCACGUCGCCCAACUUCCCGGGCGGCUACGGGCCCAACCUGGACUACUGGGUGCGGCUGGCGGGCCCCGCGGGCUCGCGGCUCGUGCUGCGCUUCACGCGCCUCGACCUGGAGCCGCAGCAGGACUGCCUCUACGACUACAUCGAGCUGCGCUCCCUGCUGCCGCAGCCCGCCACCGGCGACGACGACGCCGACGCCGACGCCGAGCGCGCGCCGGAUUCACGCGUCGUCCGUUGCGGCCGACACGACGACGCCGACCUGCACAGACUGAACUUCGUGUCGGAGAGCAACGAGGCGCUGCUGCACUUCCACUCGGACUACUCGGUGUCCGGAGGAGGGUUCUCGGCGUCGUGGCAGGCGGUCGACGUGUCGGGCUGCCCCCUGCAGACGCUGACGGCGCGCGAGGGCCGCCUCACCAGCCCCAACUACCCGCACUUCCUGCUGGCGCAUCUCGACUGCGCUACCACCAUACUGGCGCCAGCGGGAAGACGCGUAUGGUUGGAGUUCUCGGAGUUCUCCAUCGGCGCCGGCGAGGCGCUGCUGGAGGUGGACCUGGGCGGCGGGCAGGCAGCCUUCCAGCCGUUCCAGUCUCCCACGCACCUCACCGACGGCGUCUUCCUCUCCGUCGGCGAGCGCCUCCAGGUGCGCCUGCGCACCGCCGACCGGCCCUCUGGCGCCGGCUUCAGCGCCGUCUACAGGACAGUGGGCGCGGCGCUGGAGCGCCGCGUCCUGCGGCUGGCGAGCGGCGCGGUGGGCUCUCUGCUGCACCUCAACUGGCCGCGGCCGCCGCCCCCGCACGUCGACCUGGCCACGCUGCUGGUGGCGCCGCCCGCGCACACCAUCCUGCUCGAGCUGCACCACGUCGCGCUCGCUCUCGCGCCCACCCCCGCCGCCGACGCCGCGCCCCCCGCCUCCGGCACCGCCGACGCCGCCACCCCCUCGUGUCCCGACGGUGCAGGGAUACUCGAGGUGCGGGACAGCUACGCAGACAGCAACGGCACGGCGUGGCUGCUGUGCGAGGCGCAGAACGUGCCGCCGCUGGCCAUCGCCUCCUACCUCAACACGCUCACCGUCCGCCAGCGAGGGGCGGGCAGGGGCGUCACCCUCAACGCGACCGUCCGCGUGCAGCCCGACGCCAACUACAAGCUGAAGCUGCUGCGAGGUUCUGAGGACGGCAGCGUGGAGUCGUGCAACCCCAGCCCCUGCCUCAAUGGAGGCCGCUGCCUCAGCAGUGGCAACCGCCACUCCUGCCAGUGUACCAGCCACUACACAGGCAUGUUCUGCGCGCUGACGCUGUGCGAGCUGGAGCCGUGCCUGCACGGGCAGUGCCGGCUGACGGAGACGGGGUACGCGUGCCACUGCCAGCCCGGCUUCACGGGCGCCACCUGCGACCGCAAGCAGCGGCCGUGCGCCGACAACCCGUGCGAGGGCCGCGGCGAGUGCCUGGAGCGCGGAGACGCUUUCCACUGCCGCUGCCACGCCUGGUGGGAAGGACAGAGGUGCGAGCGGCGGAUGAUGCACAUCCCGUUCAAGCCGCUGUCGGAGCGGAUGCUGCAGGAGCCGUUCUGGCUGGGGCUCAUCACGGUGACGGUGGUGCUGCUGCUGAUCGGGCUGGUGUGGUGCGCCAAGCGGCACUUCCCGGAGAAGCUGGAGAAGCUGCUGGCCGAGGAGGCCGACCGCAGUCGCAGUGUGCACUCGCGGCCGCCGUCGGUGCGCGACCAUCUGGCGGGAGCCGGCGCCGCCGCCGUCGUCGUGGUGCCGAGCCCGCAGCCUGGCUGCCCUCGCUCCCUGCUAGGCCGCCUGGGUAUCCGCAAACCUUCGCUCCUAAGCCUCACCAGCCCACACGGCUACAACAGUCACCCAUCUGCUGCCACAGCAAGAACCUUUAGUUUGGACGAUUUGCUUAAACCACCACCCAGAAGUAAGGCGUGGUGUCUCUUGUGCACUCCUCAAUAUACUAGCUGUUGCUGUUAUUCUAUUAUUCUACUCAUUUAUUUUUCCAUUUUAUUGUUGUGUUGCGAACAGAAACCAUGCUGUCGCUGGGUCCUGACGUAUCUUCGAUUUCCAGGAACCCCUUCGCCUCGUAAGAAGCGCAACAACUCGACACCGACCAAGAAGAACGCGGCGGAGAAGAAGCAGAUCCUGCAGCAGCUGAUCAACCAGCAGCCGUCCCGCAAGGUGAGCAUCGGGGAGCUCAUCCAGCUGAGCGAGCGCAAAGCCCAGGAGCAGCAGCAGCAGCAGCACGCGGCCGCCAGGGAGGCCGAGACCGCCUUCGGCAGCACGGAGGGCACCCCUGACUCCGGCGCCAUCAUGGACGCCAAGCUGGAGAAGAAGGUGACGUUCGCACGCCUGUUGAGCAAAGUGUCGGCGGAGAUGAGCUCCGGAGGCUCUGACGGCGAGGUGGUGAGCCGGCCUGCGCAGCUGUCAGGGCUGAUGUCAGCUGCGGCCUCUGGGAGCAACGGCGCCUCUGGAGCAGCAGCUGCGUCCCUGCCGCGCUCCGCCAGCAGUCCUCACAGCACCAGCAGCACACAGGGCAGCGACUCCGUGUCGAGCGCGGAGGUGUCUCGCCGGCGGGCGUCGGGCCCAGCGGCCACGGGAGCGCCGCCGUCGGCCGACGCCAUCCUGGCCAUGUUCCGCACGUUCGCGCGCGCGCCCACGCCCUCCACGGCCUCCAGCCCGCAGGACGACGACGACGACGCCUCCUCCACCACCUCGUCCGUGCCCUCCUCCAGCCUCACGGUGGAGUCGCCGCCGCCGUCGAUGCGCAACACGAUCGAGGUGCCGGUGCUGGACGCGCUGUCGCCGCACCGCGGCUCCUCCAACCUGCUGCACCCGCCCAGCAUCCUGCUGGAGCUGCCCGCCAAGUGCCUGUCGCCCAUCACGGAGAUGCCGACGCCCGUGCCCACGCCCAUCAUGUCUCGCCACGGCUCCUGCGCCGCGCUGCCCGCCAUCACCCUCACCCCCAACGAGCACGACGACGCAGAGCAGCGCCGCCAGAUGCUCAAGGAGCUGGACAAGCCCGCCUCCCUGGACCUGCCGUGCCCGCCGCCCAUCAUCACCGUCACCUGCAACCUCAGCGAGCCCGACUCGGACGACGACGACGACGACGACGACGACGACGACGUGGGCGCGGGCGCGAGGAGGCGGCGGCCCGCGUCUGCGGCGAGCGCGGGGGGCGGCGGGGGCGGCGGCCCGUCCGGGCUGGCGCCGGCCGUGGCGCCCUCCAUGUGCUACCUCAGCCCCUUCUCCAUGUGCUCGCGCGCCGACCGCACCGCCUCCGAGUCCAACCUCAGCUCGUCCGGCUACAGCUCCAUGGCCAGCCCGGGGCCGUCGCGCUGCGGCUCCAACAACCCGCUCUGUCCCAGCGAGACGGACGAGCCGCCGCCCACCGGCCCCGGAGGCCCAGCGCCGCCCUCCUCGGGGCAGUCGUCAGCGCGGCGCGCGUCGCCGCUGCUGCUGCUGCCGCCCGCCGGCUCGCAGGCGCCGCCCACGACGCAGCUGCGCCACCUGCACAUGCAGCACGACGCCGCCGCCCUCGUCCUGUCUCCGGACGCAGACGCCGGCGGCGACGGCACGCCUCCCGCAGGCGCCAGCGGCGCCGCCCCCACCGCGGCUGCGGGGACGGCGGCGGGCACCUGCACCACCGCCGGGGGCGGCAACGGCACCGCCACGGGCGCCGGGGGCGGCGCCUCCCCCGCCGAGGCGGGCUGCCCGCGCGCGCGCUCCGACUCGGAGACGCUCUCGGACGACAUCUUCCUCGAGUCCAACGACGAGGGCAUCGGCACCGACCACAUCGACGAGAAGAUCGAGGAGGGCGAACUCAAGAGCGCCAAGGAGCUCGAGGUGUUCAUCGGGAAGGAGCUGGUGGAGUCCGGGAAGACGCUGCUGGGGCUGAGCGCGAGCCGGUCGUCGCUGCAGCUGCCCAGCAUCGUGGUGCACGGCCAGGAGCAGUCGCCGUCGCCCGUCAGCUCGCGCAGCGACAGCCCGCUCAGCGAGAAGGCCGCCAACAGCCUCGCCCUCGGCCUCGUGGGCUCCGGAAUCGCUAGGCUGACGCGCGGCGAUUCGGACGGCCUCUACGAGUGCGCCACGGCCGGCGCUCACGCCACAGAGCUGCGCCCCAGGAGAUGUUGUCGCGACAGAUCCGGCGGUCGCCGCCACCGGCACCGCAGCGGUGCCCAGCCGGGAUGCUCGACGUCGCCCGCGCAGCCGCUGGCGCAGCCGCUGCCGUCGCUGCCGCCGCGCGCUAAGAGUCCGUUGCCGGAGCUGCUGGACGUCCCGCUGAGGGAGCGACGCAAGCAGAGCCCCAAGCGCGCGCGCACGCGCGUGUCACAGCUGCCCGCCUCCACCUCCUCCUCCUCGGAGAGCCUCGACUCCGCCAGGGAGAUGACGCUGCGGCUGUCGUCGUCGGAAAAGGCGUUGUGCCCGGAGAGGCAUUGCUGGUCGGGCGGCUCCUUUGAUGAGGGCCGGCGCUUGUCCAUAGAAGCUUCCGGCGAAGACACGGGAGAGGACGUAAUGAGCCAGAUGUUGCCUAAGACCUUGCUCAGAGGGGAAGACUUGCCUAAGUCCAGUAAGAAGAUCAGUCGACUGCGUACUAUCGGUCAUCAGAUUAGAUUCCUGCGACGUCUAGAGCAGAGCUUGAAGCGACGUGAGUGUCUGGUGAGCCCGUCGGACAGUCUGGAUGAAGAGGAGCCUCCACUGUUGCACAAAAGUAGCAGCUAUGGACAGUUGCAGGCAAGCGGCCACGGGCACCACCGCAACCGCCGGCUGCGCCGCCAAGGUGGUUUGCUGGUGCCACAACUACGAGUCACCAGUGCCAGUGGUGGGCAUAGUAACUGAUGUGGUGGGGGCAGACUUAAAACUGCUUAUGCACAUCACCUAACAGCACAUAAGUGAUGUGGCAACAUAUGAUUGCACAAAUGGUGCCACUGAUUGUGGACAGCAGCACCAACCAUUUAUAAAGCAUCUGAAACGACAGUGCAGAGGGAGGAUCUCGUGCUAUGUUGGGGGUUUCCAGUGCCUCUGAAAGACAUAGUAAUGAUACAGGAUGUGUCUCCUGCAUAUAAGCAGAACAUCUCCACCAGCACAAAGCAUCACAUUGUUGUAAUGACACAUGGAUAGACAAUGGCAGACCAGUUAUAGAGUAGUGGCAUCAGUAAUGGACAAAGCUGGAGGUACAGUGACAGGUUACCAGUUCCAUAAACAGACAACUUGUGUUCAUGAUGAUGUGGUGACACAAAGCCUGACUGCUAGUGCCAAAGCUCUGUGUCAUCAGCAUCAGUGGCAGACUGUGGUGGACACAGCAACUGUGGUGGACACAAUUGUAACGGACAGAGCAACUGAUGUGACAACGUAGGGGAGAGGGUCACUGCACGUCAGCAGCGCCGACUCUCGGUGCGGCAACCACCGUGGCCUACUGGCACACCAGCAACCAGUCGUGUCUGCCAAUCUCUAUAGAGGAAGACCACCUCAUCGACACAGUGCAGAUGGUGCCUGAAGUGUUACAAUUAGUCCAUGGAACUCUUCUCUAUUAACAGGUUAUGUGUGUGGCAAAAUGGCAUCACUGCUGCUACUAUAAAACUAAUCAUCAGCAUUAUUUGCUCUUACUUUGUCAGGCAAUGAACUGUGAUGUCUUUGGUAAGAUGGUCAAACCUUUUACAUUUUUAUGUAACUUACAUCAACAAUGCUACAGCUGCAAGCGUUAAUAUGAUACCAUUUAUUGUAUCGGCACAAAAGCAAUUGUCAUUUAAUCAUUGCAAAUUAUGUUUCCACGUGAAAAAGAAGACAGUAUUUUUUCUAUUCCUUGUUGCAUUUCUCUAUUAACCUUCUCAGCUUGACAGCACUCUAUAUAAAUACAUGUAAUCCAACAGGAACAUUGCAAACUUCCUGGACCGACUGUCAAAAUACAUCAGUGGAUUGUGUGGUUCGAGCUAUCAGCAUGGAAAAGAGUGAAAACAGCAUAGCGAGAAAAAUGUAUAAAAACUUUUUCAGGCACUAUGUGUCCUACAGUGGUGCUGCUCCUACCUUCAUUAUUUUCGUAACUCCAUUCUGAAGCAAUACUGUCGUCUGAGAGAAGUCACAGCAUUAUUUUUGAAGAAAAAAUUAUUUUGAUAUAAUUUGCUUGCAACUGUUCUCUGGUACCACAGUUUAUGAAGUGAACUCUAAGUUAAGCUAGUAGUGAUUACAAUAAACCUGUGCACUUCACUGACAAUUAUAGACUGAGUUUUCUAUAUCCUAUUUCAAAGGAGUUCUGGUCUCUCAUGAAUAAAUACUGUGUUCCUGCACUAAAAUACAUGGUAUGACAUCUAUCAUACCAGUAAUUAUCCUCGUUAGAGUUAUUGCUCACUGGCAACACAUUGUGGGUAUUUGUGCCUCUCCGCAAAAAUCAAAGUAUGAGUAGUGCGGACCAGAAAAGAGAGUGGACCAAGCUUGAUAUGUCUUUCCUUUGUUAUCAGUUAUACCCAAGUUGUGUUCAUGAUAAUAGUCAACUCCUUUUCCUUUUCAUCUGUUCAGGUAUAUGCUUGAGUCACAGUCAAGCUUAGUACUUUUGCUUGUGAACUUGUUUCUUUUAGAAUUUCAGAGUCAGUGUACAUCCAUAUAAACCAUUUGCUAGCAUUAUCAAUUCUAGUAGGUGAAACACAGGAACUUCUGCAUUACUGAAUAUCAGUUUUUUUUUCUUCUAAUUCUACUGUGAUGAGCAAUGAUAAAAACUAACCUUUAUUGUCAUUCUCGUUCACUUCAUUGAUAGCAACUGAAUACUUGCACUCUGUACUGUGAUCUACAUCAGCUUUCUUACACUUUUACCUAAAUUCAUAGUGAUAUAUACACAUUUUCAAACUGUGAGAAGAUUAUUUGUAUAGUUCCAUUUUGCCAGAGGCUAAGCAAUCAAUUGUGGAGUAAGAGAAAAAAAGAUUUUUUGAAAUAUAUAUAUUUAAUUUUGUUACAAGAUAUUUAUGCCUUGACAAAAAAGUGAAUUAUUGUGGUAUUAACUCUGCUAUAAUGAUUGUGUUUAAAACUAAUGGUCUUGCUUGUCCUGCAGCAUAUUUCUGCAGUCAUAGUUCCUUUGCCAAUAUUGAGCUGCAUCCAGAGAGCAACUUCAAGUGUGUCUGAAACUAGGUAUUUUGUGAGUACUAUUGUUGUUCUUUGAUGUUUUGAUCUCAUUUUAAGUACUGGUGGCAUUCAAUAUUGGGCUCAGGGACUACUGCUCAUUAGCGGAGAACACCAAAGCUGUGGAUUAUUUGAAUACUUGACACUGUUAUUAAUCAGGAACUUUGUCCAGUUAAAAAUUUCAUUUUUAUCAUGUAUUGUUUCAUAUUUACUAAGUAUACUGGAUGUCAAAUUCAUUUACAACAUAUUUAUGUAAUAGUAUCAUGGAUUCAGUAUGAAUUUCAUGGAUAUACUGUAUAAGGAAUAUGAUCACUAUAAUCCAUUACAUCAUUGUCUUUUUUGUUCUGUUUAUAAAUUAUGCUCUCAAGAUAUCAGUCCAGCUGAACUUCAGAAACUAGUCAUUUGAGGAUAACAAAUUUUUAUAAUAAUAAAAAUUGUUGUACAGAUCUCAUUCAUUUCAUCCCAGUUAAAAAAAUUAUGUGCUCCUUUGGUGCCAUGCAGUCUAAUGAUUUCUUACAUUUUUCUUGAAUAUUGUAUUACUUAAUGCCAGAAACUGCUAUCUGUUUCUUUACAAAACUUAUUUUUGUUAUUUCUUGAACUGAGCAGUUCCAAAAAAGCAAGAGAUUAAUUUUUGAAAUGUUCUCUCGCAAAUUAACAUGUGUUUGGUGAAGUCCUCAAUUACAUAUAUGAAAGAUAUGCUAAAAGCAGAUCAUCUGAGCAAAGGUAAUUUCUUUGAGAUAAAUAAAUUCAAAAAAUUAAACAAAAAUUAAAACGUGCAUAAAUAUUCAAUUUCCGAAUAAUUAUGACCCUAGGAAAAUCACGUAUAAAUAACUAAUAAAACUGAAAACAUGGUAACUAAUUAAUUUUGUUUUUACAGAUCAGGAUGCUUAUUCAUCAUGUUUAAAUUUUGCUAAAAUACAAACCUUUAAAGAUUGCCGGGAGAAAACUGUUGACUGUAGUGAGGUGCAAUUCAAUCUUGUUCUUAACUACGACUUGUAUGUAAGCUACUGCAAGUUCCAUUUUGAUAGAAAGUGUUAUUGUAUGCUGUGCUAAAGUACUUGUGAUUUUCUGUAGAUAAAUAUUCAUAAUUCAUCACUUACAUAAUAGACCACUGUACUUCCCUCUACUCUCUCAAUUCAUUUUCCAGUCUCUACAUCCCAUUUCAUGAAAACAUUUAGGUCAUUGUAUUCUUUUUCCAGAAGGCAUAGAAUCUUACAUUUUAUUUCAGAUUUAGACUUUCAUCUCAUUCAUAAACUGACAAACAUGUGCAGCCUUUAGAUGGAAGGAUUUCUGAUAUAAGAACCCAGCUGUCAUACUCAUGAGAGCAGUUGAGAUAGAUAUUUCUUCAAAUUGGCUCUAAUUUUCUCUUAUUAUUAUAUGGUAGGCAGAAACUAAUAUGCUAUUUUUAUGAAAAUUGUACAAAGUCACUUUAAAAUAGCUAUAAAUCUUCUAGAUAGGCUGAUAGAAAGUUUUUAUCUUGCUCUAGUGCAUUGUGAUUUGUCAGGCACACAAUUGUGAAAAAUAUUCAUCAUUAAUCUAUCAUCUACUAAUUAAUACGGGUAGCAACAUUAUCAGUAAUAAUGGUUACAAUAUUAUACAUAGUAAUCAAUUACACUUACGUAAUUGAAGACUACGAAGAAAAUUUCAAAAACAGGAGCAGAGAAAAGGUACCUUUGUUCUUCACUGUGACGGUCUGAACAAUCAUAUAGCAGGUGCUGAUUCAAAAUGAUCUGUGAUAAAAAGCACAACAUGAGUUCACACAUUAUUAACCUUGUUGCUAAUAAGUUAUAGGCAGAGUAAAUAUUAAUCUGCCUUCAUCCUUGUUAUGGAAUAUGUUGAUGAAAUUCUACACUAAUUUCAAACAAGAAAAAUGUUCCACAAGUGCUAAGAUUUCCCAUAAAUCCUAAAUAUUUGAAGAGAAAUAUGCACCGUGCCAGGCUACGGAACAGUAUACUUUGAAAUCUCUAUUGCAGCAAUACUUCCGUGUGGACAGAUUUUUAAGAUUUUUGUAAAUUCAGAUAUAAAUAUAUUUAUCUUAUCAGUGAAAAUAAUGUUCAGCACAUACUGCAUUCAUAAAAGUUUCAUAAACUCAUCCUCUUGUUAUGCACAUUAUUCAGAUGUAAUGACAUUUGUAAAAGCCAUAAAAUUUCUUCAGUUUCUCAUUCUUGGUGUAACAAUAAUAAAUUUGCAGCUGUAAAUAAUUGUUGUUAAUAA